AUGGCGCGCCCCUGCCGCCUACGAGCUCCUUCGCACAUGCGAAUUUCUACCAUAAAGCAGCAAGUGCGUUCUCCAGAGCCACUACUCAGAGUUCCAAUCCACCGCCAAUUCUCUCAAACGCUCUCCUUCGCUUUGCCCAGGAAGGACUCUCAGGAUAAGGACAGCAUCAACACGGAGGCGACGGAGUACAGUAAGAGCGCAACGGACGAUGAGGGGGCUAGGCAGGAGGAUGCAGCUUUCGAUCCCGAUAUCACAGACCCUCAGGAACAGAAGGACAAAGCUGGGGAGGGCACAGGAAAGGGCACGGAUACGAACAAUCCUCUUGAUGUCAGUCCCGCGAACCCAGAAGUCAGCAAGCAACGAGGAGAAACAGAGGGUGGAGCAGAGAACUCGAGCAGCAGCUCUGAUACCAAGAGCGAUAGGAAGAGGUCAAGUGGAGGCUCUAGUCCGAGCAAGGGGAGCAAGGUCGCUUGA